GUGGUCGACCAAUCACAAGCGUGGGAGGCGCCAAACACUGAGAGUGAUUGGAAGGAAUGUGUUAAUGUUGAACUCGUUGGAAUGGUUUGUCUGGAGGCAUUCGCAAUCCCGGAGAAGUUGACCGUUGGCUUGAAGUUGUUGGUACGAGACGUAGUAGUGAUGCAGCGGUUGUACGACGGACAUGAAGAGUGCGCCGAUGAAAGGGAUAUACUCGCAAUUAUUGGGAACGAUCCUUCGCUAAUUAUCUACAAGCCGCUUAUCGACUCCAUUGUGGCGGCAGAAGCGUAUCUG